UGACCCCCUCCCAGCACAGGGUCUGUGUGGAACUGAAGGAUUAGUACAGGGACACUUCUGAGAAGUAAAACCACACUAAGUGGAUACCGCACUCUGCACUUUGGAUUCUGACUCCCAGCACACUCACUGAAACAAUAUUGCUGUCAGAAGCAGAGAGUCCCUGGAAAAGACACCAGUGAUGAACACACCUGUCGUUUUGCCUCUUCUCUUGGUUACCGUCCAAGUCUCGCUGUCAACCUCCUCCUCCUCAGAUGGCAGCACAUUCAAAAAACAAUUGGAAAGCCAGAAUGAAAAAAAGAUUCUUUUGGAAAUGGCCAAGCAGAACAUUCUGAACAAACUACAUCUGAAGAAAAGGCCUAAGAUUUCACACACCAUCUCCAGGGAAGCUUUGGCCCAGGGAUUGCUAAGGCUGAAUAUUAGGUCACAUGAGGACUUACUGUCCAGUAUAGAACAGGAUGACGUAUUGGACAGUGAUCAAGAUUAUGAAGUCAUCAGUUUUGCAGACGUAGAACACACUCAAGCUUCUCAGACAACUCUGCACUUUCACCUUUCUACUGAAAAAGGCACAUACCGUGAAAUCCAUAAUGCAGCCUUGUGGCUCUAUCUUCAAUCAGAUCGUAAGAAGAAGAUAGCCAUUGGUAUCGCAACAUCUCUCUCAAACGAAAAGUCAUCAACUGAAAUGAUUUAUAGAGAAAUUGUAAGAAGUGGCUGGUACACUGUCCCGCUGCCCAUGCUCACUGAGGCAGCAUUUAGGGAUGGAGAAGAGAAUAUAGAUCUAUAUCUGUAGUGUAUUGAUUGCACUGGCCAACCAGUGAUCGGAAAUAUAAGUGAUGCUCAACGCCCAUUUCUGGUGGUGAAAGCUCACAACCAGAGAGAAGAGCAUCGUUUCCGCAGGCACAUUACAGAAUGCAAUAGUGAUGUAGAUAUGUGUUGCAGAAAGAACUUUUAUAUUGAUUUUAAGGAGAUUGGCUGGAGUGAGUGGAUUAUUAGUCCAGAGGGUUACAACAUGAAUUACUGUGAAGGUAGAUGCCCUGUUCAUUUAGCCAGGGUUCCUGGCAUUGCAGCAUCUAGCCAUACAGCCAUCCUUAGCCUUAUCAAAGCCAACAACUUGUAUGCAAGCUCCAGCUCCUGCUGUGUACCUACAAAGUGAAGGCCUCUCUCUCUGCUGUAUUUUGACAUGUAUAACACCAUAGUUAAAACAGAUAUUCCUGAUAUGAUCGUUGAGAGCUGUGGUUGCACUUAGUGUAUACACUUUUCACUUUAUCCCAGAGUCUGUCUAUGAAAUUUUACUUAACGUACAAAUUAAGAACAGUUGUAUAGAGAGUUAUUCUCCAUCUUCAUGUUUCUCUGUACCCAAAGAUGGAGAACAUUAUGGAAAAUAUACAUUUUAGCACA